UGCCUGAAAUAAAUAAGUAGGCCGGGUGCUAAUCUCAAAGAAUAUGCAAAGCUGUAGGUACCAGAGGCUGGGGAAGGAGCAGGGUGGUUUGAGGUUAGUCGUUAGAGAACUUUUACAGAAUAUUAAUAACAACUAAAAGAAGCAACUACUUCGUUGGGACUACCUGUGAGGUCACUACUAUAAGAUGCCUGAAUAAAAGAGGAGUGACCGAUGGAGGUCCGUUUCUGAUCCCGCCCGAAAAAAAAAAAAACAAAAGUCAACACCUGACGCACAGAAAUUAUUGGUCGAAUCAUCAAGAAGUGUUGUAAAAAUGGAGAUGAACUACUACCACCAAUAAAAAAUCAACUCGUUCGUGCAAGGGAAGUUCCUUUUCGCAGGUCAGUAAUCUUUAUCGGACUGAAUCUACCUGUUACCUGUUGGAGAGGCUAGCGGAACAGCUCUCAUUGCAAUCCUGUGAAGCGAUGGACCCAACUAGUGCUCCAAAAGGAUGUGGUGGUGAUGUGAGCUCCAUAUAUUAUAAUCUGUGUGACCUGACAGCAGUAUGGGGCAUCGUAGUGGAAGCUGUUGCUGCUGUUGGUGUGCUGACUGCCUUUAUCUUGUUCGUCAUUCUCAUGGCUAGCUUACCGUUUGUGACAGACAAGAAGAGAAAGGGUAUGGUGGGCCUGCAGGCCAGCAUUUUAGUUUUCACACUGGGUCUGUUUGGACUUAGUUUUGCCUUUAUUGUGGAGCAGUAUUCUACUACCUGUGCUGCACGGAGGUACCUGUUUGGAGUACUGUUCUCAGGCUGUCUGGCCUGCCUGGUGAUGCAUGGGCUGUGGCUUGCCCUGCUGCAAAGGGGAGGCCAGGGGCCCAGGAGCUGGAUGUUAUGGCUGGGAGCCCUGGCUCUCUGGCUUGUCGAGGUGAUCAUCAACACCGAGUGGCUUGUCAUUACUGUGGCCAGGAGCCCACUCAGAGGUCUCGGUGUUCCUGACCUGGCCUGCAGCUUUGUCAGCCGGGACUUUGUGAUGGCUCUUAUAUAUGUAAUGGUUCUGAUAGCAGCUGUGGUGCUAACGUCUGUGCCCUCACUAACACACAAGCAAAAGCACUGGCGCCGAGAUGGAGCCUUUAUCCUGGUCACAGGAGUCCUCACUUUGGCACUUUGGAUAGCUUGGAUUGUCAUGUACAUCUAUGGGAACCGAGCAGUUGAUAAUUCCAGCUGGGACGAUCCGACUAUGGCUAUAGCCGUGGUGUCAAAUGCCUGGGUGUUCCUCUUGUUCUAUGCAAUUCCAGAAAUCUGUUUAUUGACCCAGGAGGACCCAAACAAGGAACAACCCGAUGGGGAAGAAGUCUAUCCUGCUAGAAGCCUGGUUUACGACAACAUUCUGAAGGAGCCACAGCCCACCCCGCAGCAUGUCUACGUAGAAAAUAAAGCCUUUUCUAUGGAUGAACCAGAAUCCACAAAUCCAACGUCUCCAUAUGGGGUUUACAAUGGUCAGGCACGAAGUUGUUUAUACCAGCCCACUGAAAUAGCCUUGAUUGCCAAAGGUCUGACAAGGGUGAGUGCUAUUUUUAAUCACGAAACAUCCCGUCUUUAUGACAUCACAUGUGAAAAUAAUCCAUAUGUGUAUUUUCACAGAAGGACCAAGACUCAAUGAUACUUCGAACCACACCUGGCCCUUUGAAUAUGGGGAGCUGCAGCUCCUAGUCGUGCUCAGUGGAUUCCUAAACAUCUUCAGGACUAUCAUAAGUUAGCAGCCCAAGCCGAGCACAUUGCACUGAGCUUUUCCAUCUCAGAGCUCCAAGAAUCAGAUAUUUUAUAUCUCUGUUUUCUCUUAAGCAAUAACAGAGUGAAAGUCCAGUAAUAUUCAGUAUAUGACUGCUUAGUUUCCAUUAAUGCUUAUGCAAUGCUUGCUCUAUGUACAUCAAAACCACACAUUAUUAUAAUGAUGCAAACCACACUGGGCUUACAGAGGAAAGAUUAUAUAGUAAAAUACAACAAAUACAAGAUAUGUGUGUAUAUAUAUAUCUGUA